AUGUUGCCCUACAUUAAUGCGCCCUUUGAUUAUGUCGGCAGCUCUUUGGGAGCAUCAGCAGACGAACUCAAGCUUGUGUUCUCGUUCUACCUCUCCUAUCCACUAGCUGGGCUUCUCAAGCGUAUUCCAGAUAAAGCACCAUGGCAGAAGAACGCCUUCAUCAUAGCUGUGGCCAUGUUUUACCUCGUUGGUCUGUUUGAUAUGUGGGCAGGUCUACGUACCAUCUUCAUCAGCGCUGUCGGCGCGUACGUGAUUGCAUCCAGGAUCGAUUCGCCCUAUAUGCCUUGGAUUGGAUUUGUGUUCUUGAUGGGACACAUGUCCAUGAAUCACAUCAUUCGCCAAAGCGUUAAUGAUUCGUCAGCGGUUGACAUCUCAGGUGCACAAAUGGUCAUGGUCAUGAAGCUCACCGCAUUUUGUUGGAAUGUUCAGGAUGGCCGUCUUCCUGAAGCCGAGCUCUCGGGCUUCCAGAAGGAGCACGCUGUGAGGAGCAUGCCCAGUAUCCUGGAUUAUGCCGGCUAUGUACUGUUCUUUCCAGGAUUCAUGGCGGGGCCUGCAUUCGACUACUGCGAUUACAACCAGUACAUCACCACUACCAUGUUCAGACUUCCUCCAGGAAUCGAUCCAUCAAAGGCGCCGCCAACGAGGAAGCAGCGCAAGAUCCCUCGCAGCGGCACUCCAGCUGCCAUUAAGGGCUUAUACGGAACGCUUUGGAUCGUUGCUUUCCUUAAGUUCUCUGGCUGGUACUACCCUUCCUUCUACCUGAGCGACGAGUACAUGCGAUACGGUUUCCUGCGAAGAGUCUGGCAGCUGUACAUGCUGGGUCUUACCACUCGCAUGAAGUACUAUGGUGUUUGGAGCCUCUCUGAAGGUGCCUGCAUUCUCUCUGGCAUUGGCUACAACGGCAUUGAUGUUAAGACUGGGCGCGCCAAAUGGGACCGCCUCACCAACAUCAGACCUAUCGCCAUCGAGACCGCUCAGAAUACACGCGCAUUCUUGGGGGAAUGGAAUAUCAACACCAACCAGUGGUUGCGCAACUACAUGUACCUUCGUGUCACACCGAAGGGACAAAAGCCCGGCUUCGGUGCUACGCUCGCCACAUUCGUCACUAGCGCUUUCUGGCACGGCUUUUACCCUGGCUACUACAUGGCAUUCGUUCUGGGUGCCCUUCUCCAGGCUGCUGCAAAGAGUGGUCGCCGUCUGGUCCGUCCUCUCUUCCUCGCUGCCGAUGGCAAGUCGUCUUUGUCCACCAAGAUCUAUUACGAUGUCUUCACCUUCCUUCUUACGCAGCUGGCGUUCUCCUUCACCGUUGCUCCAUUCAUCCUCCUUGGCUUCUCGGACACUCUGAAGGUCUGGUCGCGCGUAUACUUCUAUACCCUUAUCGGUGUCGCCGCUUCCUUUGGCCUCUUCUCUCGUAACUUACCCUUCCGCAAGCAGCUGCAAGAACGCCAAUUCGCCCGAGCAGUCCCAGCAUCUACCGUCGACACGGACGUAUCCAAUAUCGAGCAAAUUGCCAAAGAAGAGAUAAAAAAGGACAACCUUUCCAGGACGAAUUCGAUGGCCAGUACUGCCAGCAGUAAAAGGGCACCUACUCUCGGUAUUGCUGACGAUCCGGAGGCGGAGCUUGAUGCUAUUGUAGCCCAAGUCAAGCGCGAGAUAGCAGAACGAAAGAGACGCGGAAGCGCGCUUCAGGGCUUCGAUGUCAAGACAGCAAUUCAGGAGAAGAUCAAAGAGUUCAAGAAGAAAUGA